AACAAGUCUGCGUCAAAUAGUUGUUGUACAUAGUAGUUUUUAUCUUUAAAAAACACAGUAUUUAUCCGGUAACAUUGAGCAGGAUUAAAACUACUUUAUCGGACACCAGAAAAUCCCCAGCAUCAUAAUGACCGAGGAGGACAUUCCAUUACUCAAUUUGAACCCAAACGAUUCCGCAACCAUCGACGAAACACCCACAAAACUCUUAUCAUUCUUGGAGGAAAAAGAUAUCGGAAAAUUCACUCUACUUUUAGACUACGCAGAUGAAAAUUUCGACGUGAAUCAUUUUUAUGGCGAGCCUCACAAUGGUACACUGUUGGACAUCGCUUGUCGGUCCAAAGAUAACCACGAGUUCGUCAAAAUACUCAUUCAGCACGAUGCCAAAAUCAACAAUGUCAAUAGAAUAAGUGGUAAGGCUCCGAUACACGAGGUUGUGGAAAAUUCAGACCUCGAUACUUUGAACGUGUUGAUGAAAAACAUCACGUGCGAUGUUAACCUGAUCGAUCAGAGUAAUAUGACACCUGUUAUGAGAGCAGCAUUUGCUGGUCGUGUGGAUAUGUUGCUUGCUUUAAUGAAAAAUGAGAAAGUUUCGUUUCAGCCGGUUAAUAACAAGUUGAUAUUACAUUCGUUGGUCGAUGGAUGGGAUAGGUGUAGCAGUUCGGGGGUUCCUGUCGAGAAAGCGGAUGAAUUUUUCAAAGGUUUGAAAAUGAUUCUUGAUUGUUUUCCUAGAAAUGGGUUUCAACUGGUUGCAUCGACUUCACAACCGAUUCAAGAGCGUCCUUCAUUUUCUCUGAGUUCAUCAUCUGAUAAAAAGGAUCAGGAAGAAACGAUCUGCUUACCAAGAGUUGUACACGAAACGAGAAAAGAACCAGAGCCGCCCAAAUCAACAUCAACCGGCGAAUCGAGCCCAACACCAUCAAGUCGACACAGUUCUGCAUCAAUAUCACCUCAGCAGCAAAGCUCCACUUCGAUAUACUCGUAUCAACAAAACAAUCACAACGAUGAUCCAUCCGAUCCAUCAUCCGAUCAAAUGCAAUUACUAUCUUCUUUCAAACAAAACAACUUCAAUAAAUUCGUCGAUAUAUUGGCCAACGGAACAUGUUCAAACAGCACAGACGUAAAUUACUACUACAGCGACCCCGAGAACGGCACUUUACUCGAUUUAAUCUGCAGAACACAGGGAAAUUCCGAAUUCGCAAAAAAAUUGAUCAUGAAUGGAGCAUGGAUAAACUUUCAAAACCAUAAAAAUCAUGGCAAAACUCCACUACACACAGCGAUUGAAUACUCUGAUGAAACCACUUUGAAAAUACUACAAACCGAUGCAACUUGCGAUGUGAAUACGACCGACAACCGUGGUAAUACUGCUUUACACGUAGCAGCUUUGCGAAAUAAUAUCCCAGCUGUUAAACUUCUACUUCAGCAUCCAGCAAUGGACAUAAAUCAACGCAAUAGUACAAAUGAUGCAGCUCUGAACAUUGCAUUGAAUCGAGAUCACAAAGAAGUGAUAAGGGAAAUCCUGAAACGUCGUGAGGUUGAUUUGGUUUUUGGGAAAGAUCUUCGAGGACGUUCUUGCGGCGAAUUGAUUCGAGAGAAGUAUACCAAGAUGAAUGUAGCGUCAUUUGGAGAAAUGGAUGAUCGAAACAAAGAGUUGUUCACGUUAUUAUACAAGGGCGAUACAGAAUCUUUUAUCAACUUAGUUGGAUCUAGGUCAUAUGAAUUGUAUAAUGAUGACAACGAUGGAUUUUAUACCUAUUUGCAAUAUGCCUGCAAUCGAGGAUUUGUUGAUGUGGUUGAUCGGCUCUUAGCAAUGGAAACGUUAGAUCCGAAUUAUUGUUGCCCAAAUAAUAUUCAAACACCAAUCAUGAUAGCUGCUGGAAGAGGAUAUUACACGGUAGUCUCGAGUUUGUUGAAAGAUUCUCGAGUAUCCCUCAAAGAAGUUCAUCAAGAAGGGAGCAUAUUGCACUCUUUGUUUCGAGGUAAGUUGGCCAUGGAAGAUACCAAUGAGUUGAAUGACAAAGCGUGUGAUCAUUACAAGUGUUUGGAAUUCAUUUUGAACAAGUCAUCCCACAGAGAACUAAACCUAAACUGCACUGAUCGGGAUGGAAACACAGCCCUGUAUUAUGCAGUCAAACUGAAUGACAAAAGGUCCAUACUUUUGUUACUGGAGGCUGGUUCUUACAUAUGCCACAAGAACCAUACAGGUGAGACAAUUUUAAAGUCAAUUCAUCAUGAAUUACUCAAAGAGUACUUGGAUAGUUGUGUUUUGACAAAUGGGGUAUCCAGUAAACAAACUGAUCAUCAAAUUGAACUAAAUGUUCAAAUAUUCAGACCACCUGAUGACCAACUCCAAGUACCAGAAAUAGAACCUCUGCUGGUGCUAAAUGCGAUGCCACAAUCCAGAUACCUCCUUAAACACCCAGUUCUGACUAGUUUCUUGAAUUUGAAAUGGCACAGAAAUAGAUUAUUCUACUAUAUCAAUUUGAUCUGCUAUAUUGUUUUUUGGAUCACUUUAAAUUGCUUCAUUUUUUAUUGGAAUAUGGCACAUAAUUUCUCAUUGUCAUCAUCAUCAGGACCAACAGCACCACCAUCACCAUCACCAUCAUCUCCAGCACCAUCCUCAUCACCAGACUCAAAGGAUCCUGGCAAAAUUAUAGAAGAUGUGAUACAAAUCUUGAUCGCUUCAAUGGGAUUAUUACUGAUUCUUAGAGAAUUAUUCCAGUUAUAUGCUUCACCCAGAAAGUACCUGGCCUCAUUUGAGAACUGGCUAGAGAUAUGUUUAUUAAUCACUACGGCUUUGUUUCUGUCAUGUCCCUUUGAUAAUAAAUUGAAGUCUCAGCUGGCAGCUGUGAUCAUCAUUACCUCUUGGAUGGAACUGAUACUGCUAAUUGGGCGACAUCCUGCACUAUCCACUAGCAGCGAGAUAUUCAAAACAGUGACGGUUAACUUUUUAAAACUCCUACGUUACUAUGGAAUUCUGAUCAUUGCUUUCGCAUUCUGUUUUCAUAUUUUGAAACCAAACAAUGCUAAAUCAGGUAUGAACCUCUCAACAAACCAGACAAACAUCACAACCAUCAGCAAUAUUGGAAAAAUGUCCUUUAAUUUAUUCUUGAUGAUAACUUCAAUUGAUUAUGAGACAAAAUCAGUCUUUUUAGGUGACAACCUGUUCAACAUCAAUUACUUCCUGUUUGCUAUAUGCUUUUUUCUCAUCACAAUUGUGCUUUAUAACCUUUUGAAUGGUUUAGCAGUAACUGAUAUUAGCAAUAUCAAACAGAAUGCUGAACUGUUAGUCAUUGUCUCCCGCAUGAGGGUCAUCUGGUACAUUGAAAGUACCUUAUCAACAUUAGACCCAAAUCCAAUCAUAUGUUUAGCUAAACGAUUUGCAUACUAUUCUAGUUGCUGUUUUUGCUGCAGUUGUAGAGAUCAACAACAACCACAAAACAUCCAGAAACCCACCAAAAAAUACAUCAAACUCUUUCGCAACAGGACUCAUCUGUUUCCAAACACAUUACCUGAUAGUAAAAUAUGUAUUUUGCCAAAUGACAAAAAUUCCAUACUACUAGCUGUGGCUGGUAACUCUAAUGAUGACUCUCAUAAAAGUCAAUCAUAUCCUAUCUUGAGACAUUCCUCAUGGAUAAUUGAUUCAGAUAUUGUCGAACAAGCCAAGGAAAUUUUACAAAAACAAAACAAACAAAUGCACUUCAAUUAUGCAGAGUUGAUAACAAAACCGUACACAAAACAAGCGACUGAAAUAGAGCAGAACUUGGUUCAAAUUGAGCAAAAAUUGGAACAGAAAGUGGUUAAGCUUGGAAGUGAUAUUAAACCACUUUUAAAACGAAUUGAGCAUAAAUUGGACAAAGAAGAAGUAGAAAUUGAACAGAAACUUGAAUGGAAUUUGAAACAAGUUGUGCAGAAAUUGGAUGAGCUAGAGACUAAAUGCGAAAAAGAAAUUGACUUUGUGUUGGAAAAACCUGAAUUGAUAUCAAAAGAACAGGUGAUUCAACAGAAAGAAUCAGAAAACGAGGUGAUUCCAUCCAAUGAAUCAGACAGUCUGCAGAAAGAAUCAGAUCAACAAGGAACUCCACAUGAAGAAUUAGACAAACAGGUGAUUCCACAAAAAGAAUCAGAUAAACAAAUAAUUCCAUGGAAAGAAUUAUUGGGCAAGGAAGUAAUUCCAUCAAAAUCUGAGGCAAACAUUCCACAAAAGGAAGACUCAUCAAGUCAACCUAAAAGCUCAGAAAAUCAACCACUUAUUCCACUGCAAAGUGAAGUGGAAAAGUUGGCUGGAAAAGUACCCAAGCCGUUAACUGGAGAAAAACCAACCAAGUCUUAUUUUUAGAUGAUGAUGAUUUUAUCAAAUUUAAAAUUUUACACUUGACAUUUUCGCCAAUUAAAUAAAUGUAAGUACCUACAAACUUUCUCAAGCAAUUGACUAUUAAUAUGCAUUGUUUCAUUUCAUUCAUUUUGGUACAUACUUAUUAUUAAAUACUCAAUUACAAAAAAACCUCUUGUUAUUAUCUAUCAUAGUUAUUGUUAUCAAUCGCCUAAUGUUAUUAAAAUUGUUCAGUCCUGAUCUUUUAUACCUGUCCAAUUACAUAGAAAUUCAAUCUGUUAUUGUGAUUGGAGCAUCAGAUAAUAUUAUCAUUUCAAACUGA